AUGUGGGCACCCUUAUUGGAUGGGCACCAACGUAUGAACCGCUUUAACCACUAUGAAGUUAGUAGUCCUGUCGCCAUUACUUGCAACCAGCAGGCCUGGAUUCGCGGGGGGAGGGUUCUGCUUCACUAUUGGGUUUCCCGACCUCGGGGAAAGCCACCAGGCCCGAUGGUCAUACCAUACCUUGGCUCCAGGCCUGUCUUCAAUGUCGACCAUGUGCAGAAGAUGCACAAAAUAUAUGGUGAUAUAUUUAAGGCGGAACUAGGGCCGCACAAGUUUAUAUUCCUUUGUAGCAACAAACUUAUCAAGGAAGCGUUGGCAAAGGCUGAGUUUGCUGAUCGUCCCCAAUUAGAAAUGUUACAUUUUCUAACCGAUGGACAAGAGGCAGGUGUCAUAAUGAGCAACGGCAAGCGAUGGCAGAACGCUCGGAGGUUCCUGCUGCGCAACCUUCGCGAUCUCGGGAUGGGAAAGACCUACCUGGAGGAGAGCAUCUUGGUGGAGGCCAGAGCGCUGGUCAAGGACUUCAGAUCCUACGCAGGAACGCCUUGUCACACGCCGGAGUCGCUCAAUGUUGCCGUCUUGAACAUCAUCUGGCAGAUGGUCGCAAACAAGCGCUACGAUCUCCACGACAAGGAGGUGCUCGAACCCAUCACCAUCUUAAGGUCCAUCGACUCGUCCUCAAAGGCUUUGUUGAUUGAGUUCAUCCCUUGGCUGAGGAAACUGCUGCCAGAAUUCGUGAAGGAAAAAUUACUGACAGGCAUCAUGAAGAAGAUCAAAAACAGCAUAGUGACUUUGUUGAAGGACACGAUAGAUUCUCACAGAGCCACCCUCGACCCGGCCAACCCGCGUGACGUCAUCGAUGAAUAUUUGAUAGCCAUAGACGAAAAGAGCGAAAUUGCUGAGUACUUCAGUGAGCUGGAUCUGAUGAGGAUCAUCUUCGACUUGUUCGCCGCGGGCUUUGACACGACGGCCAACACCCUGCGCUGGAUCAUCCUCUACAUGGCCAGGUUCCCCGAAGUGCAGCGCCGCGUCCAACAGCAGAUCGACGAGGUUGUUCCGCGCGACACUUUGCCCUCAUACCAGCACAAGAGUCGGCUGCCAUUACUCGAAGCGACGAUCCAGGAGGUUCUUCGUGCGUCGUCCAUGAUUCACAACGGAGUCCAACGCGCAGCUCAAACUGAUACUUACCUGGCAGGCUACUUCAUUCCGAAGGGGUCGUGGGUGUUCGGGUGUUCGGGAAUAUGCCACAUGGACUCACGCUACUGGGAAGAACCACAAGAGUUCCGACCCGAGCGGUUCCUCGACCAAGAAGGGAAAGUCAAAACGCCAAAGGAGGGACUCAUACCCUUUGGUUCAGGACGAAGGAGCUGUCUUGGAGAGGCUCUUUCAAGGAUGGAACUGUACAUCUUCUCGGCAGCCCUUCUGCAGAACUUCACUUUCUCUCCUCCAGCGGGCAUCGAGGUCGACCUAGAAGCCAACUCCAAGCAACCCUCUGCACGUCUGUCUAAAGAACAAAAUAUUGUCAUUAGCAUCAGAGAGUGAUAACCUACUGGAUAUGAAUCUCUGUAGCAGACUUUUCUGAGGUAAAACUACAAUAUUUCUGUGUAACAUAAUCAAUGUUAGUAGCAUUAUGAAUUUUGUGUUAGUGUUAGUACUAGAUUAUCAUAAUUAUGAAAAGUACUGAUGUUGACAAAUGUAGAAAAGGUAUGAAUGAGAGUGAAUAUCAUCACAAUACAAUUUAAACCGGUCAAAUACAUCACAGAAUUUCUUUCACAGUGAUUUCUUGUAUUGUGAAGAUAUUCAUUGUCAUCCAUUCAUUUUCUAAUUUAUUAUACUGACAUAAGAAAAAAUCACAUUCUGUGGGGCAUUCUCAUUCAUAAUUUUUCUAAUUUAUUAUACUGACAUAAGAAAAAAUCACAUUCAGUAGAGCAGAAUAGGUUGAGGUUGUUGGACAGUGAAAAAAAAACGUUACCUUUACGUGUGGUCAAUGAGGAACUGAGCGCGUAGUAUUUUCCUUUUAAUCAACACACUAAUAUUACAGAACAAUAUAUGUCAUUAUGAAGAAAUUUAUGCUAACA